CAAUUACAUUCUAAAUCUUAUUCUUUAAAUCCCUAUUACAUAUAAUCUGAAUACUGCAUACAACUUCACUAUAUAAAAAAAUUUGUGUGUUAAAAAAAAAGACAAACAAAAAUUUUCAGAACGCGAUUCCAUCCAAAAAGAAAAAUACGUUGAAAUCAAUUAAACACUAUAAAGAUCAUUUAUUAUCUAUUAUCAUUCAAUCAAAUACUCAAACAUGUCACUUAAACUUCCUCAAGUGCCUAACUCAGGGUUGUUUAAACAAGGCUAUCAGUCUAUGUCCAAUGCUGAUGGUGCCAUUGUCAGAAACAUUGAAGCUGUUCGUGAGAUUUCUACUAUUCUUUUGUCUUCUAUGGGACCAAGUGGAAGAAAUAAAAUUAUUGUUAAUAAAUUAGGUAAAAUCUUUAUCACCAAUGAUGCUGCUACUAUGCUUAAUGAAUUAGAAAUUGUCCAUCCUGUGGUCAAGAUUCUUAUCAUGGCUUCUAAACAACAAGAGUUUGAAAUGGGAGAUAACACUAAUUUAGUAAUCAUAUUAGCUGGGGAAUUCUUAAAUAUAGCAGAAAAAUUAUUAAAUUUAGGGUUAAAUGUUACUGAAAUCAUUCAAGGUUUUACUUUAGCUAAUAAGUUUGUUUUAGAAACUUUAGAUAAAUUAGUGGUUGAAAAAGUUGAAUCAUUACUUAAUGUUGACGAUUUACAAAAAGCCAUUAAACCUGUUAUUGCUGCUAAACAAUAUGGUAAUGAAAAUUUAAUCUCCAAAUUUGUGGGUGAUGCUGUUCAAUUAAUCUUAAACCCUAAGAAUCCAAGAUCUUUCAAUAUCGAUAACAUAAGAGUAGUUAAAAUCAUGGGUUCUUCUUUAAGUGAAAGUCAAAUUAUAAAAGGUAUGGUUUUCCCAAGAGAACCAGAAGGUAGUAUUAAAAACAUUAAAUCAAAAUCAAAAGUGGUUGUUUUCACUUGUCCAAUAGAUAUAUCAACUACUGAAACUAAAGGUACGGUUUUAUUACAUAAUGCCCAAGAAAUGUUAGAUUUCUCAAAAGGUGAAGAACAACAAUUAGAUCAAAUGUGUAAAGAAAUAUCUGAUUCUGGUAUUAAAGUUGUUGUUGCUGGUUCAAGUGUUGGUGAUUUAGCCUUACACUUUUUUAAUAAAUAUAAUAUCUUAUUAUUAAAAGUUCCAUCUAAAUUUGAUUUAAGAAGAGUUUGUCAAGUUUGUGGUGCUACUCCACUUCCUCGUUUAGGAGCUCCAAUGCCAGAUGAAAUGGGUGAUAUUGAUAUCAUUGAAACUAAAGAAAUCGGUGGUGAUAGAGUUACUAUUUUUAGACAAGAUGAAUCAACUUCAAGAACCGCCACCAUUAUUAUUAGAGGUGCUACUCAAAAUUCUUUAGAUGAUGUUGAAAGAGCUAUAGAUGAUGGUGUUAAUGCUAUCAAAGGUUUAUUAAAAGAUAAUAGAUUAUUACCAGGUGCAGGUGCUGUUGAAAUAGAAUUAAUCAAAUUAAUUACCAAAUAUGGUGAAAAUACCCCCGGUUUAUUACAAUUAGCCAUUAAAAACUUUGCUAAAGCUUUUGAAGUUAUUCCAAGAGUCUUAGCUGAAACUUCUGGUUUUGAUUCUUCAGAAUUAUUAAGUAAAUUAUAUGCUGCUCAUUCAAAUGAUGAUGGAUUAAAAUUUGGUAUUGAUAUCGAUAACGAUGAUGUCAUUGAUGUUUCAACCAAUGGUAUCUAUGAUAUUUUAUCAUGUAAGAAAUCAGCUAUAGACUUAGCUGUUGAAGCUACAAAUACCAUCUUGUCAAUAGAUCAAAUAAUUAUGGCUAAGAGAGCUGGAGGUCCUCAAAUUCCAAAGCAAGGUAGACCAGGGAAUUGGGAUCUGGAAGAUUAAGUACCUAUAUAUAGUUUAUAAUAGACGUAACCUUAUUUUUUUUGUAUAUUAAACUGUCUUACCUACUUUUAUAAAAUUCUCUAUUUCUUGAAAAUCUUUAUCCCCAUUUUCAUCUUCUACUCCUCCACUAACAUCAUAACCUAUAAUAUUUUUAAUUGAUGUAGUAUCUUUGAGAUUGGUUGGAUUCAAACCACCUGCCAAUAUGAAAUUGCUAAAUCCCAAAUGUUCAUUUAUAAAUACCCAAUCGAUAACUUUUCCUUCACCUCCAGCAUCAGAAUCUAAUAAAGGUAAACCAACUGUCUUUAACUCGAUAAAUUUUUGAAAUUCGAUUGGCAUUAAUUCAGUUUGUUCUGGGAUUACAUAUCGAGGGAUGACUCCAAAUUGAUGUGGAAUAGAUUUACUAUACUCUAUUUUGUUUUCACUGCCAUGGAGUUGUAUGAAGUCCAAUUGUAACUUAUGAGCU